GCGCACGCGGAAACGGAAAGCGGAGAGAAGCGCUCCGCCCCGCGGGCGAGCGCGCAGGCGCCUUCUUGGGAUAGCUGUGGGCGCCACUGGUAACGUUCGGCGGGCGGUGGGGCUACUUCUUCAUAGACAUAAGUCAGUAUUUAACUGGAAACGAAGCAUCACUUAAAAUUCUCUCAAACUCCUAAUCCCAAAGAAUUGAUAACCUUUCUCUGAUGAAGAAGUGACUGACUACAUGUUAAAAGUAUUCUGGCACUGGUCCUGUUUUUUUCUCUCCUUAGAAUUGAAGAAAAAAUAUGGAGAAAUGGUACUUGAUGGCAAUUGUGGUCCUAUUAGGACUAAUAGUACGGUGGACAGUUUCUCUUAAUUCUUACUCAGACAGAGAGCGCGUGUGUGAGAGACAGCAUGAGUGGGAGGGUGGAAGGGAGAAGCAGACUCCCCACUGAGCAGGGGGCUUCGAUGUGGGCCUUAAUCCCGGGACCAUGGGAUCAUGACCCGAGCUGAAGGCAGAUGCUUAAUGGACUGAACCAUCCAGGUGCUGGAAAACCCCCUAUGUUUGGUGAUUAUGAAGCUCAGAGACACUGGCAAGAAAUUACUUUUAAUUUACCAGUCAAACAAUGGUAUUUUAACAGUAGUGAUAACAAUUUACAGUAUUGGGGAUUGGAUUAUCCACCUCUUACCGCCUAUCAUAGUCUUUUAUGUGCAUAUGUGGCAAAGUUCAUAAAUCCAGACUGGAUUGCUCUCCAUUCAUCACGUGGAUAUGAGAGUCAGGCACAUAAGCUCUUUAUGCGCACCACAGUGUUAAUUGCUGAUUUGCUGAUUUAUAUACCUGCAGUGGUAUUAUACUGUUGGUGUCUAAAAGAAAUCUCAACCAAGAAAAAGAUUGCUCAUGCAUUAUGCAUAUUGCUGUAUCCAGGCCUUAUUCUUAUCGACUAUGGACAUUUUCAAUAUAAUUCUGUGAGUCUUGGCUUUGCUUUGUGGGGUGUUCUUGGAGUAUCUUGUGACUGGGACCUGCUAGGCUCACUGGCAUUUUGCUUAGCUAUAAAUUAUAAACAGAUGGAACUUUACCACUCCUUGCCAUUUUUUUGCUUCUUACUUGGCAAGUGUUUUAAAAAAGGCCUGAAAGGAAAGGGGUUUGUGUUGUUAAUUAAGCUAGUUUGUACAGUUGUGGCUUCCUUCAUUCUCUGCUGGCUGCCAUUUACAGAAAGGGAGCAAACGCAGCAAGUUCUGAGGAGACUCUUCCCAGUUGAUCGUGGAUUAUUUGAGGAUAAAGUAGCCAAUAUUUGGUGCAGCUUCAGUAUCUUUCUGAAGAUCAAGGAUAUUUUGCCACGUCACAUCCAGAUAAUAAUCAGCUUUUGUUUUACAUUUUUGAGCCUGCUUCCUGCUUGUAUAAAAUUAACACUUCAGCCCUCUCCCAAAGGAUUCAGAUUUACUCUGGUUAGCUGUGCACUGUCAUUCUUUUUAUUUUCUUUCCAAGUACAUGAAAAGUCCAUUCUCUUGGUAUCAUUACCAGUCUGCUUAGUUUUAAGUGAAAUUCCUUUUAUGUCUACUUGGUUUUUACUUGUGUCAACAUUUAGUAUGCUACCUCUUCUACUGAAGGAUGAACUCCUAAUGCCCUCAGUUGUGACAACAAUGGCAUUUUUUAUAGCUUGUGCAAUUUCUUUUUCAAUAUUUGAAAAGACUUCUGAAGAAGAACUGCAAUUGAAGUCCUUUUCCAUUUCUGUUAGGAAAUAUCUUCCAUGUUUUAAAUUUUUUCCCAGAAUUAUACAAUAUUUGUUUCUUAUCUCAGUCAUCACUAUGGUACUUCUGACACUGAUAACUAUCACACUGGAACCUCCUCAGAAACUACCGGACUUAUUUUCUGUAUUGAUUUGUUUUGUAUCCUGCUUGAACUUCCUGUUCUUCUUGGUAUACUUUAACAUUAUAAUCAUGUGGGAUUCCAAAAAUCGAAGAAAUCAGAAGAAAAUCAACUAAUUCUGUCUCCACAAACAAAUGUGAAAGUAUUAACAGUGCUUAAAGGUUUUUUUUUUUAACUUUUUUGCUAUGUAUAAAUGAAAUGAUCAUUUUGAGAAUCACAUAGGGAAAAAAUGGUGAAAAGUCACUGUUGUCCAUAUACAAAAUAAAUGUAUAUGGGGACCCAAGCCCAGUGGAGGCUUUUAUUUUCUAACUAUAGAGUGGCCAAGACAUACUGUAGUUUUAUUAAUAUUCAGUUAUCCAAGUGGGAAAAUAAGAGAAAAUGCCCUUAAUCCACAGUGUUUACUCAGGAAAUGUACUCUACAAUUUGUUGUCUUAAAAAGAAAUCUGCAAAUCCAGUGAGCCUACUGGGAAAAUCAAGUCCUUCUUUUUAAAGGAAAUCAUGAAUUUUGGUAUUUAAAUUUAGUUUUCGUUACAUUUUAGAAUGCAAGUAAGUGUAUAUUUCAUUCUUUAGAAAUUAUAUCUCAGGGAUUAAAUUUGUGAUCUUUUUAAUUACUGUGAGAAGGCAAUUUAAAGUGCUUGAAGUUUGAACAUGCCUUAUUACAUGUGGAAAUUUGAUUUCUUUAUAAAAAGGCAGAGAGAUUAGACCAUGUUCUUAUUUCUAAAAAUGCUAAUUUACUUUAAUACAAUUAAACAGUGAAUUUUACUGAAUUUAAGUGUGUUUUUUUUUUUUUUUAAUUUCCCAUGUUCACUAGUUCUAAACUUCUAGGAUCAUUCUGUGUAAGUUAAAUGGUUUUAUACAAGAUUUCAUCCUUUUGAUCUUUUUUGAGUGGUUCAAGAUUAC